UAAGAAUUAUGGUUACGACCAAAGACACCAGAUGGCUCAUCAGAAUUCGUGAUUUGUGUUGACUGAAUUUCUCUGUGAAAAAAAGUUUUUCAAUCUACAAGUCGGCACAUUAACCACUCGCUUCUCAUUCAGCUCACAAUCAAGGUUAACAAUUAAGUAAAUUAAGCUGAAACUUUUCUCAUCUAACAUUCAUCAUAAUCAUUUAUCAUCUAAACUUGAAGUUGUUAACAUUUUUUUAAUUCAGUUUACCGAAUUAACUUAAUAAUUAUUGUUACUUUUCAUUCAAUUAACUUGACUAAAUGUUUCGUUUUCUUUUAAUUUAAUUUUUCUGGUUUAAUCAAAAUAAUUUCAUGAGUUGAUUAACAUUUAAAAUUUUCGAUUAACUUUGUUUUCUUCAUUUAAAUUGUGACGACUCAAAUUUGGAUAAUAAAUUUUUCUGCAAAUAUUUUGUUUAACUGGUUGGAGAUUUUUCAAAUUACUGAUCAAUUAACGAAGGUCACUUUACCUCCAUAGGUAGUAUAUGGAACUGGUCCAACUGAUAGAACCCAAAAAACAUCAACAAGUAAAAUGAUCAUCAGAUCAAAAAUUAUGUUCGUUCAUCAAUAGAUCGACAUCAUUAUCGAUCUCAUAAUAUCAUGUUAUCAAUAUCUUCAUCGUCGUUAUUAUUAAUCAGUGUGGUGAUUUACUAUCUUCAUCAUGUUCACCUUAACUGUUAACCAGAACUAAAGUCAAGCGAAACAAAAAGAUGAAUUUAAUCAACCCGGUAAAUUGGAUAAUCAACUCACAUAGUCUAAUGUCAACCUUAAAAUCCAACAAAUAUCAAUCCAAUGGACUGUCCACUACAAGGUCAUCCCAUAGGAUUUCAAGCUCUUUAUUUAAUAAACUAUUCACAAUGGUCACUCUAAUUGUAUAUAUUUUGUUUUCAUCUUCAAUCAUUAUAACUGUUUCUGCUAAAAUUGCUCAUCAAUUACCAUCAACAUCCGAAACAAUUGAAUCUAAUUCAGUUGACUGUUCACCAAAUGAUCCAAAUUAUACUUUAUGUCGGAACUGUCCCUGUAAUCGAUCGGGCAUUAUUGACCCAGAAAAUUGUGAUGAACCUUGUGAAUGUAAAUCAGGAGUAACUGGUCAAUUCUGUGACCAAUGUAAACAUGGUUACGUUAAUCUUGACCAAGAUAAUCCGGAAGGAUGUACAAAAUGUUUCUGUUACAAUGUGACCAAUUCUUGUCGUAUUACCUAUUGGCCUUCAAUGAUAAUCACUAAUCCGGAUAAUUGGUUGAUCACAACUUUACGUGAUGAUCAGAUUGUUGAACCUCAACAAAAUGACGACCAUCUAGUAAUCGCUGAUGAUGAUGCACCAUCAGCACCAAUAUACUACUGGUCAGCACCUUCGGACUAUCUUGGUGACAUGUACCGAGCCUAUGGAAGGCAGGCUAAAAUUUCACUAUCAGCGACGGUACUUAGAGGUGAUUCAGCGGGAAAUCCCGUUUAUGGGCCUGAUAUCGUUUUAGAGGGAAGUGAUUUAAGUGGAAACCGAUUGUUGAUCGGUUAUAAUUGGAAGUCAGUUCCGUUCGAGAAACCUGAAAGGACCAAAAUUAAUCGUAAGAUCGUCAUGUCGGAAAGAAAUUGGUUCCACAUCGAUGAGAAUGGUUCGAACCAAGGUCCAGUUAACCGUGAAGAGUUUAUUAUGGUUCUAAGUAGUUUAAAUCGAUUAUUAAUUCGAGCCUAUUAUCAUACUGAUCAGAUUGAAGGUUCGUUUUAUAAUGUUGACGUUCUGGUGGCCUCGAACAAGGGAGGAUCGGAGUCUAAUCUUGACAAGAUGACCCAAGAAUGUGAUUGCCCUGAAGGCUACGAGAAACCCUUUUGUGGUCCAGGCUGUUUACCGGGUUAUCGAAGGGUGAAUAACACCUUAAUUGGUGGGAUCUGUGAGAAAUGUGAUUGUAACAAUCAUUCACUGACCUGUGACCCUUACACAGGAGAGUGUAUUUCAUGUUUACAUAAUACUAAAGGUCCCAAAUGUGAUCAGUGUAUUGAAGGAUUUACCGGGAAUCCCACAAUUCCAGGAGGUUUUUGUGUUCCUAUUGAAUAUGUUACAACGGCAAUUCCAACAUCAUCAUCAUCAUUAAGACCUGAAAUAAUUAGAACCACAUCAAAACCUUUGACUGAUCCACCAUGGAUUCCAAAUGAACCGAUCACAACAUAUCCUUUCACAUAUUGGCCAGAAUUUGAAUUAACUACGUUACCCUCAUGGUCUGAACCUCCUUCCCCUCCGACUCCAUUGACAACUUAUCCACCGCCAGUUCCAUGUUGGCCUUAUGAAUAUCCGACCACCACUGAAUUACCAACAACAACUCAACCACCUCCACCACCAUCAACAACACCAUUCAUUGCGACCUUUGAAAAGUGUCAAUACUCUUGCGCUGGUCUUCAUAUACCCGUUAUUUGGUAUAUGGAAACCAAUCUCAGUGAGAUUAACAUUGACGAUAUAUUUCAUUUUCCAUACGCUUUGGCCUCAUUGAUACGAAAGGAGGCCAAUAUUCGGGAAUCAUUGAGACGAACAACUAAUCUCAAUAAUGAAGGAUUAACUCUGGUUGACAGUCUAACGAAUCAACUGGAAGACAGUUUAACCAUGGACUCUUUUAAUAGACGAUUAAACAUCUCGGAGACAACAGCAAUUAACAUGAUUAACUCUCUUUCAGAUAUUAUGAGUUUGUCAACGAACCAAUUAGAUGAAAUUGUUUCACUUAAGAAAACAAUUGCUGAAACAAUUGAUAAUAUUGAGUCGUUUUCAAGGGAAACAAUUAUCGAAUCAGAGCCAAACAUUUGGGCUGAAAUGUUACAAAAGUCAAGUGCUUGGCUCGAAUCGAUGAUGAACAUUGAUCUAACCUCGAAAUUGGUCGAUGUGACAGUUGAACGAGAGCAAAGUGUCGUUUUUAUGGGAAAAGUUGAAGCUUUUCUAUCAACUUUUCGAGAGCAAAUUUCGCUUGUAACUCGAUUAGAACAAAUCAAAACUACUUGUAACCAGUUCGAAGACUUAAUUAACCAGCAAAUUCCCCAGAAAGUUUACAUGGCUGAUCAACAGAGGAAAAGAAUCAGUUCAAUAAUCGAAUCCCUAAUUGUGAACAGUACAAAUAAUCAGAAAUUAGUAGAUGAUUAUAGUAGAUCGAUUCGUGAAGGUUUCGGCCAUAUUGAAGGUUCUUCCGUCUAUCUAUCGAUGAUCACCAGAGUCACAGCGGAUUUAGAGGCCAUGAAAAAUGAUCUUAAUCGGUCGGUGGCUGCGAUUGAAAGAGUUCGUUCAAUAUAUUCACGACUUAAUCCAUUUUAUGAGGACAUUUAUGUGAAUCCUUGUCGUGAGAGAGUAAACCAGGAAAUAGGAAGAAUCAAUGAAGCUUUAGAUGAACAUGAUAAAAGGAUAAAUCUCCUAAAGCCUUACAUAAAUAUCCCUUGGACUAACAACGAGACGAUUGUUUCAAUUGAACGGGCAGAGAUCCAUGGGGAAACAGCAAUUAACACACUUUUAAAUCAAGUGAUUGACGAUGUUGUUAAUCAAGGAAUUGGAAACAGAGCAACUGAAUCAAGAGGGACCAGUGAUCAAUUGCUUCGGGAAAUUGUCAUUCAAUCGUCGACAAUCAGUGACCGGUCACCACAAAUUGCAAUUAUUGAACGUUUCAAGGAAGAGGUUCGACUUUACGAGUCUUGUUUCUCAUCUCAUGAGGCCAUUUCUAACGAAUUGAACAAUUUCACUCGAAGUCUUGAGCCAAGAAUCAAAGAUUCUAAAGAUACAAUUCAAUUUUCAUACAUUUUAGACAUUGGACUUAAAAGUAUCGAAAGCAGAGUAGCCGAAAUUAAUGAAUCACUGGUAAUCAUUGAUGGGCCACAGGUAGAAGUUAUUUCUCAGAAAUGGAUGGCCGAAAAGUCACUAGCAUCUAGUUAUGUAAAUAAAUCGACGAGUUUAGUUGGAUCAAUUUUCGGUGAGAUUGAAAAGGUCACCAUUUUGGCCUCAACUGCUAGUUACCAACGGCAAACGAUUGAAGCAAAUUUAUCUGAUCUACGAAAGCGUAUUACUUUGGCUCGACAAAAAGCGGCCGAAAUUGGAGUGGCCUUAGCAUCUGAACCCGAUACUUUCUGUGUCCGAUCUUAUUCAAUCGAGACUCAACCCUCAUCAGCCAAUUCAAUCUCAUUUUAUUUCGCAAUUGACCAGGAAAAUGUUAAAGAUGUUCUAAUUUUAUCAAUAGUUAAUCCUGACGAUGGCGAUUUCUUAGCCAUUGAUAUGAUUGACCGGACAAUAAGAUUCCUUUGGUCACUUGGAACCAAUGGAACAACGAUAAUUGAACAUCCAACAAGAAUCGAAACCAGUCCUAAGAAUUUAGAAGAAACUUUUUGGUAUCGAGUUGAAGCUCAACGAGUCGCAACCGUUGGAACACUUAGUGUACAACGAAUGGUCGAUAAUCAUGUAAAUUCUGUUAAUCCAGUUAAAUCAGUUUCAUCGGCAAAUUAUUCGAUACUUGAUGUAUCGUCUUCUACUUUGUGGGUUGGUGGUCAUUCCGAGUUGAAUGGACACAAUUUACCUGAUGAAUUAACGACCAACGGAUUUAAAGGUUUUAUAGCUGAUUUAGUUUACGACGAUAAACAUAUCGGCCUUUGGAACUUUAAUUACUCAUCGCCAAUCGGCUGUAGAGCUUGGACCAAAGGUCACCUUGAAUCAAGUGAUUAUAAUGUUUUCCAUUUCAAUGGUAAAUCAUCUUACUCGGUUUUAGAUCAAAUUCCUCGUUAUGAUAAUCGAAAUUACCAGGUUGUUCUAUUGAUGAAAACUUUCGAUGAAUCGGCGGUCAUAUUUUUCUGCUCCGAUACGGAGACGGGAAAUUACAUUGCGAUCCAUUUGAUUAACGGACGAAUCUCCUUCUCAUUCCGUGAUGGACCUGAAACAUGGUUAAAAUUAAUCACCUCAGAUAAAUAUAAUAACGGAAAUUGGUUCAGGGUAACAGCGGCUCGAUCGGAAUCGAGAGCGAUGCUGGUUGUUGACGAGGAAACGAUCGAAGGUGAAGUGGAAACUUACAGUUCAGAUCUCGGUGGUUGUAAGAUACACUUCGGCGGAAUCCCACCCAACUUCACCACCCACUGGUGGCCUAAUAUUGAUUUUAAACCAUUCCUUGGGUGCAUGAAAGAUGUUCAAAUUGACACAACACCGUUGAACCUUUUAGACGGCGAAACCUUUGGCCUGUCAACGGGAUGUAAAAAUGAUCUACCUCGAAGUUCAAGAUUCAACGGAAAGGGUUAUCUUGAAUUGAAGGGAUUACCUUUACGGGAUAACAACGUGAUUAGUUUAACGUUUAAAACUAAGCAAAAAGAUGCGAUCAUAUUAAUUGUUAUCUUCAAGAAUCCCAAGAAAACUAAUAGAGAGUUUCAAUAUUAUUCAUUGGCAAUAAAUGGAGGAUCGUUGGAAUCACGAUUUAAUCCUGGAACUGAAGAGACUUUAUUAAUCUCUAGGGUGAAUGUUACUGAUGGACAGUUUCACACUGUGACGAUAACUAAAAGGAAUCGAAGAGUUUGGAUAACUGUUGAUGAUUUCGAAGUGAUAAAUGGUAAACUUGGACCUGGACGGAAUAUCGGCAAUUCGGCUGCGAGUGAAAGUGGCCUUUAUUUGGGCGGAGUUCCUGGUUCAUCUGAAUGGAGUAAAAUUUUAGGAACUAAUCAAUCACUUGAUGGAGUAAUUAAAGACUUUAUCAGUGAUGGAAAAGUAAUUUACUUUAACAAUUUCAUCUCCUAUGAUUACGUUGAAAUUGGAAGAGGAAUUUAAAUUUCCUCCAACAAUCAACAAUAAUUAACUAAUUUGCAAUCAACAAAACAAAAAGAAAUUGAUUUUAUCUAAUUACGAUUAAUAAAUUGUAUCAUUUUUUUUU